GUCACCAUUCAGCCUUCCGGCUAGGUCGAGACCAGGCGCAGAGGACCCCGGGGAUCAACCCGCUCCCAUUCCCCGCUGAAUCGCCGCCGCCCGGCAGGGGGACACGCAGCCGGGAAAGGGGGCCUCGUCGGCGCGACGCUGGUGGCCCCGAGCUGGGCGAGAGACCUUUGGAGCCGGAGAGAAGACGGAGGCGUCGCGUCUGGGGAGGGAAACCGGCCUGGCAGCCCCAUGGCCUCAGAGGCACCCUCUGGAUCGUCUCUUCUUUGGAGUGGAGUGGGAAGAGUUGUCUGGCAGCCACCUCAGGGUCUGGUGACCUUCGAGGAGGUGGCCGUGCAUUUCACGGAGGAGGAAUGGGCUGUGCUGGAUCCGGGCCAGAGAGCUCUGCACAGGGAAGUCAUGGCGGAGAAUUAUGAGACGGUGGCCUCUCUCGAAUCACACUUCAAUUCCUGUUGGGAAGAAGAAGAUCCAUUUAUCCAGGAUCCCAAAGAAGAAGAGACAUCAGCAGUUCCGAAACCAGACCUCAUCUCUUGGCCUGAAGAAGAAGAUCCAGUUGGUCUGGGCUGUGAGGAAUGGAAGAGAUUGGCAGCAGUUGAUAGGCAGAAGAAUGAACAUUCUAGGGACCCAGAGAUGGUGCCAUUGGUAAUAGCCAAGCCUGAAGCUGAGAAAGAGAUGUUUGGAAAUCACGGGGGACUAAAAAAGUCUGAAAGAAACCAGUCAAAGAUUGGGGGCAAGCAAUCUUCUCCUUCUCAGACCUUGCAUCAAAGAACACACGCAGGGGAGAAACCAUGCAAAUGCACGGAGUGUGGGAAGAGCUUCAUCGACAGUGGAAGACUUACCAAACAUCACAGCAGCCACACAGCAGAGAAAGCAUUUAAAUGCGUGGAAUGUGGAUUUCUGGCUGGACAUUCCUAUAGCUGUACAGGCAGACCAGGAGUGAUCAUGCGUGCACCCGUCGCAGCGCGAGCACCCCAGGAUGCACCCAUCAUGGGGAAACACUGGAAGGUGGAGGAGACAAAGGCACUCCUCAUCCUCAUUAAAAACAGCCCUGCUGUGGGUGUUUUCAUGGGCAGCUGCACUGCCAAAAACGAGGAGUACUGGGAGGACAUCAGGGUGAAGAUGCUUAGGCUGGGCCAUAGAAGGACUACUUUUCAGCUGCGCAGCCGCUGGAAACUAUUGAAGCGCACGUUCUUUAAAGCCAGAAGUGAUGCUGAGCAUAGGGGAACCCAGCUUGCGGACCCACCUCCUUUCUACACGUGUGUCGAAGAGGUGUGGGAAGCAGCUGGCCGGCCACAAUUCUGGGACAGAAGGAUGCCAGCAUCACAGAGAGAGCUGCAGAGGCAGCGCAGGCGGUGCGAAGCAGUGGCGGUAAUAUCGGAGCGGGAGGUGGUAUUGGCGGCAGAGGAAGUGGAGCCGGAUCGUGCAGUACGGGAUACCCCACUGCAGGAGAUGGAUGAGGGUAGUCCUCCUUGGCAACCACCCACACCACCACCAGGCACACCUCCAAGAGCACAAGAAGGCAACGGAGCACCACCUGGUCCCUGUGUUCUCCCAGAGCCAUCCAUAAUGAUGUUGAGGCACUUGGCCGGGCAUAUCCAACUGAUGAUGGAGAGACAGGAGGAGAUGGCAAGAGGUAUUGCAUCCAUCCAGGAGAUGUUGGGAAAUGGAAGGCCCUAGAACAUCAUUUCAUCACCACUUCACUGCCUGUGUUUCCUGAAGUAGAAAUUGUUAUUUUUUUUAAUAUACUUUUUUGGGGGGUUUUUUAAUUAAAAAAGUAUUUUACCAAACUGCAUAAUGUUUUUGUAAGUUGUCAUACUGUCACACAUGGGAUCGUGGUGUGGUGGCAGGAAGUCAAGUGAGGUGAGGGA